AUGAGAGGAGAAAAGAGAGUGCCCUGCCAGAUUGCUCUGCAAAAUUACCUCCUGACCUCACAGCUCAGAGUAUCAUUUCAGGCCUCCACCUACUUACCCAGAGCAGAAGUAAACUGGCAUUGUCAUCUGCCCACAUCUACCCCAAGCAGAGUGCUGGUGUGCGCCAUUAAGUGUGAGCAGCAGCUUCAGGGACCAGUUUCUAUGGAGGUGCCUCUGAAGCUACAGCUGCCACUUGCCUGUAGGGGCAGGAGGUAAGCUAACUUCCAACUUCUGCAACCUCAAAUCUGCAGACAUCUCAGGGCUCAUAGCUCAGUGGUAGAGCACACGCUUUGCAUGCAGAAAUCCCAGCUUCAAUUCCUGGCAUUUCAACUUUUUACAACAAAGAUUAGAAAAGAUGGUAAUCCACUGCUUCAGGCCCUGGAAAACCCACUGCCAGUCAACAGUUGAUAAGAGCGAGCCAAUAAUAAUAAUAAUAAUAAUAAUAAUAAAAAUAAAGUUUUAUUUAUAUCCUGCCCUCCCCAGACAAAGCCGGGCUCAGAGCGGCUAACAACAGUAAAAAUAACACAGUUUACAUAAAAUCAUAAUCAUUUAAUUGAAAUACAUACGAAAAUCAAUUCAUUCUAAAAUCAAAUUAAUGGCAACCAUUGGGCUAGUGUUCUAUGAGGAUUACAAAAGGAGAGGGUCAGACUGUGCCUCAGCCAAAGGCCUGGUGGAACAGCUCUGUCUUGCAGGCCCUGGGGAAAAAUGUCUCUUGUGACAGAGCGUUCGAGGCCAGCCUAACCUCCCUGUGGCCUGGGAUCUCCAAUAUGUUUUUAUUUGAAGACCGUAAGGUCCUCCGUGGGACAUACCAGGAGAGGUGGUCCUGUAGGUACGAGGGUCUUAGGCCGUAUAGGGCUUUAAAGGGCUUUAAAUAACUUAAGAGGAUCAGGGCCCAUCUAGCUCCAGAGCCUGUUGCCACAGUGGACAACCAGAUGCCUGUGGGUGAAGGAGCAUAUUACAAUAUAAUUGUUCUAUUACUGAAGGACAUGCUUAAAUGUUACAUUGCAAAUGGGCCUCUCGGAAUGUCUAGCUUGGGCAGAUAGAGAUAAGGAACAAGGAUUUCUUGUAAUACCAGGAUGAGGGAGGUUGCAGGAAGGAGGGAGAGAAGACCAAGACCUUAUAUGGUAAUAGGAACUUAUUAUAAGUUUCAAUUUCCCAGAAAUCAGGUGACUUACAAGAGAUCAGGUGGUAUUCUAUUUUGCAAAUCUAUAUAAAGGGGCGCACCCUGACUACUGUGUGCAGAUUGCAAACUUAUUGCUCUGUACCUUUGUUCUGCAUAUGCACUUCAAAUAAAAAUCCUGUUAAUAACCUGCAAGGACGUUUUGCCGCUUUGUGUGAAUCUGUGCUGCAGGGACCCAAUAGCAGAUAUGUGUGGUCCUUAAAGGGCUUUAAAUAACUUAAGAGGAUCAGGGCCCAUCUAGCUCCAGAGCCUGUUGCCACAGUGGACAACCAGAAUGCCUGUGGGGAGCCUAAAAGCAGGACCUUAGUGCCAGAGCACUCUGCCCAUUAGUGAUUGCCAACAGUCAGAGGCAUACCACCUCUGGAUAUAGUAUAUAGCUAUCAUGGCUACAGGCCAUUUCCUCCUUGAAUUUGUCUAAUCCUCUUUUAAAGCCAUCCAAGUUGGUGGCCAUCACUACAUAUAGAGCAAUAGAAUUUGCGUAAGCCAGCUUCAGUACAAAUGGCAACAACAAAAGUGACUAGCUCUCUUGAGGUCACUCUUGUGGUCAAAUAGUCAGUUUCAGCGAAUCCCUGAAAGGAGAUGGAAUGUCUCCCCGCAACCACCAUCAACCAUGCAGAAAAAGUUCAACAUGACAAGACAAAUGAUAUAUUUGAGGUGGACUCCUUGCUUCCCCGUGCUUUCUUCUGGGACUCUAGUCCAGGCGUCAGCAAACUUUUUCAGCCGGUCCACUGUCCCUCAGACCUUGUGGGAGGCUGGAUUAUAUUUUGAAGGGGAAAAAAUGAACGAAUUCCUAUGCCCCACAAAAAACCCAGAGAUGCAUUUAAAAUAAAAGGGCACAUUCUACUCAUGUAAAAACACAAUGAUUCCCAGACCGUCCGCGGGCCAGAUUGAGAAGGCAAUUGGGCCAGAUCUGGCCCCUGGGCCUUAGUUUGCCUACCCAUGCUCUAAUCUUAGGCAAUUCAAAUUACUUUCACUUGGUUUUUGACACAGAGCUUAAAAAGUAACAUGCAAAGCAGCACUGGGUGAAACUAAAACCCUCUUGUUAUUUUGCACAGACCGCGCAGUUCAUUCCAUUCCAGAUAAGUCUAUUAAUACACCUUCCUAUUUAUAUUCUGGCUCCUUGCAGCAACAUAGUAGAGAGCUACAGCUGCAUAACCGAGACGGAAUAG